UCAAUAAACUACCCAAAAUCCUCAACCCAACUUGCUCAUUUUUUUCCUCCUUUGGUCCAAGAUUAUUAUUCCCCACCAUCCCUUUUAUUAUCAAUACUACUCUCUCUCCCUCCCUCCCUCUUUUAUUUUCAGGUGUGUGUGCUAAAGCCUAUUAUUAUGUCUCCAGCAAUAGCAAUGUCCAAGAGUGCUGAUCCUCAUGAUGAGGUGGGAGAGAAUGAGUCACAACAAAGCCAACAAUUACUCAAGUACUACCAGAAAGGAGUAAAGCACCUCUACGAAAGUGGCAUAACUAAAGUGCCUGACAAGUACAUUUUGCCACUUGAAGAACGACCCAACAUUAUCACCCACAAAAAUCAUAAUCAGCCAACUCCAACAACAACCACUACUACUACUUCUCCCAAAGACAGCAACAAUCUUAUUAAGUUGCCUGUCAUUGAUUUCUCUGACCUUAUGGAAAGUUCCAAGAGACCCCAAGUCCUCAAAUCCAUUGAAAACUCUUGUCAGCAAUAUGGUUUCUUUCAGGUUGUGAACCAUGGCAUUCCAAAAGAAGUGAUUAGGGAUAUGAUGGAAGUAAGCACAAAAUUCUUUGAGCUUCCACAUGAGGAGAGAGCUAAGUACAUGUCUUCUGAUAUGAAGGCCCCAGUGCGCUAUGGAACAAGCUUUAACCAAACUAAAGACAAAGUCUUUUGUUGGAGGGACUUUCUCAAGCUUGUCUGCCAUCCCAUAUCUGAUGUUCUUCCUCAAUGGCCUUCUUCACCAGUAGACUUUAGAAAUUUGGCGGCUACCUACGCAAAAGAAACCAAAAGCUUAUUCCUAAUAUUAAUGGAGGCCAUUGUGGAGAGCUUAGGGAUUGUGGGAACCACCACCAACACCACAACAAAAGAUGAAGAAAAAGACAAGGACAACAACAUCAUGGAGAAAUUUGAAGAUGGGAGCCAGCUAAUGGUUGUGAAUUGCUAUCCACCUUGUCCACAACCUGAUUUAACCCUAGGGAUGCCUCCACACUCCGACUAUGGUUUCCUCACUCUUUUGCUCCAAGAUGAAGUUGAAGGCCUUCAAAUCCAGUUCCAAGAUCAAUGGCUCACCGUCGAUCCAAUCCCCGGCUCCUUCGUCGUCAACGUCGGUGAUCAUCUUGAGAUAUUUAGCAAUGGAAAGUACAAGAGUGUUCUACAUAGGGUUCUUGUAAACUCCAUGAGAGCUCGGAUUUCAGUGGCAUCAUUGCAUAGUCUGCCAUUCAUGCACAUGGUUUCACCUUCACCAAAACUCACCAAUGAAGCCAAUCCAAAGCGUUACAAGGACACUGAUUUUUCAAGCUUCUUGGAGUACAUUUCUUCUCGUGAGCCUAAGAGGAAGAAUUUCCUCGAGUCUAGGAAAAUUGGCUUGAACUUUGGAAGACAAAACGAUGAUCAAUCAAGGUAGAGAAGAGAAGACUAUAAUAAUUAUUAUUAUUAUUAAGAAAAAUAUUGAUGAUAAGGAGCAUGUGGAGGUUGACUUUUUGUAGUCCGUACCAAAAUUGUAACACAUUAUUAAAUUAGUUGUAUUAAAUUUUUCCUUUUUUGGUUGGGGGUUUUAGAAUGAGGCUAUAGAGCAAAGGCUAAUGAGUCAAAGUCUAUAAAAUCUCAGCUGCCCCUCCUUAUAAGGGCCUUAAACGAAGACUUGGGCAGUCGUACGUGUAAUUAAUAAGGCCAUAUAUUCAAGGAAAAUAUCUAGAUUGCAUUA